UGGCGGUUUUAUGAAUGUGAGAAGAGCUUGCCGCCCACGAGGCAGUCAUGGGGGAUGCAGAGUACCGGACGGUGGUGCCUUUGUUGAGCAGCUACAAGCACGCCCUGGCCUGGAGACGGCUCCUGGGGACGGCCACAGGCGGACUGAAACUGCGGAAAUCUCCAUGUCGCCUCAACCUCCUACAGCUCGCUCUCUAUCUCUUCCCGCUAGCGCUGGCGCUCCCAUUCAUCGUUCUAGACGCUCUAGGAGUAUGGAGGGAGUACUACUUAGCGGUGAUCUAUGCUUUCAUCCACACACUCACUGUUGUCAGUGUGAGAAUGAGCGUUUACUGCAGUAUGAGAAGAUAUCGACAAGAAAGGGAGUUUGAUGAUGACGACGAUGAUGCCAACAUUACAUCAUGCUGCAGCCACAAUUCUCUCUCAUUUAUCUUCUCCCCCAAGCAUUUUGUCUGUGUUCUAAUCCACUCCCUCUUCGUGGGUGUCCUUCUCUCUUUUGCUGCCCCCCUCGCCCUUCUGCCUCGAGUCCUCUCCGACCACCUACCUCUCUCUGGAUCUGUGGUAGUGGGUACCAUUGGCUGGCUGGUCUUCUGCAACUCACACUAUUCUCUCAGUAUUUCCAAUCCUCAUGAGGUGGCUAUGUACAGACCCACAGACCUGCUUGGGUUGGGACCUCUCACCAGAGCUGUCUACUUGAUCUCCUGUGCCUUAGCUAUCAUUAUUGUCAGGUUGGCUGUGAGAGAUGUUUCCACAGUAGACCUGACUGUUCAACUGCUCUAUGUGGCUGUGUGUUUGCUCCCACUGGGCUGGAUGGUUGGUUGUCUUCCUCCUCUGGAUUCUCUGCUGCCCUGGGCCAUGGAGCAGCUGCUGACUCGUCUCAUGGGAGGCUCCCCAAUGUCCACUGACCUCAGGCUUAGCAUAAUGUUCUUGCUGUCACUGGUAUCAACUGUCUUGGUGGCUACAGUGGCACACUUUUCCAACUUUACUGCUGCUCUCCUCCUGGCCUCUGCUAGUGGCUAUCUUCUCAGUCACGAUCUCUUCUCCCUCUUCCCUAUCAUCAACCCACUAAUCAGGCUCUUAUUCAAGACAAAGAGACUUUCAUCCAAAGUACAGUGGAAACCACACACCCGUCAUCUUGUCAUGUCAUCUCUAAGGGGCAGUGUUCUAAUGCUCAUCAGUCUUUUGCUGGUCUACUUCAGCUCCUCUGCAAGAGAGGGGUCUAAGACAGUGGCUGGUGGAGUCUUGGGUUCCAUUCUGAUUACUCUCUGGCUUGUCCUCAGUAUCAGUGGUGUUUGUCAGGGGAUCUAUGUUCUGGGGCUGCUCAGAAACCCUCUUCAUCCGUGGAAAUCAUCAGAGGACAUCCAGGGAUACAAGAUGUGGAGAAAGAGGCUUAGCUAUUGUAGUAUUCUGCCUCAGCUAGCCCUCACUUAUGUGUUUCCAUUACUGAUGCUUGUAUUUCUGACUGUGAGUGUUGAUCUUAAUGCUACCAAUCAGUGGUUUAGAGCUCUUGGAAUAGCCAGAAUAUUCAGAAAAGUGUGGCAGAGUACAUGGUCAGCCCAGAUAGAAGUGUCUGUUGUGUCUCUACUGCUACUGGCUCUACCGGAGAACAGUAAUUGGUGGGUGGAGUUAGGGGUGGAGCUUCAGACUCUCCUGGUGGGACUAGGUCUGGAGAUAGGUCACGAAUUCCUCCAGAAACUUUGGUGUGGGCUCACACUCUUUCUAAAGUUUCUCACAAAAGACGGGAAAAAGAUUCAGAGAUGGGUCUAUAUUGCAAUCUCAGUGGGAUCCCCACUACUUCUCCUCUCACUGGUGUUAACAGCUCUAGUCUCCUCUCUUAUCUCCGCCCCUCUCCUCCCUCUCUUCACGCUGCCCGUCUUCCUAGUUUCGUUUCCUCGGACCCAGCGAUUCUGGCCGAGUCUCACUAACUAUAGUAGCUCCUACACCAGCUCCAGAGACAGCGUCUAUUACCAACAUGAUGUGCCGCUUCUGUCCAGGACCUUGCUCAAUGUGUUCUCUACUGGAUCAGUCAGAGGGCAGCCUGGGGACUUUUACCUGUUGAGGUGUCAGGACCGCACUAUUAUAGCCAGUAUUUUAGAGUGUGGCCAUCGCUACUUUAUUAUCAACUUGAGGGGCUUGGAGAUUGAAGAGACAUCUUGCCACACGGUUGAGGCCUCGAAAAUAGACGACAUGUUCUCAGAAGCUUAUACUCGUAAGAAGACUCGGUUUUUGGUUCAACUGUCACCCACUGAGCACAAUGAGGCCAGUUGACUCUGCAGUGAUCUGCACAUACUCCAGUUCCAGGAUUUCUCUGACUGGAGUCAUCGACCAGCCACGAGCUCUGGAGAGGUUCUCUGGGAACCUACUCAAAUGUAUUGUGUGUGUCCUACACUGCUACCUGGGUGAGCAAACACCCAGAGAAGGGUUGAAUGAGGGGACAAGGGACGGUGAAGUUGAGAGGAGGGAGCAGAGAGUAAAGUGGAGGAAACGGAACAAGAUUGUUCCGUGACAGAGUCUGAGACUGGUGAUUCUCUUCCCCAGAGGGACCCACCUGAAAUAAACAGAGUAGGGGACGGAAGAGACAGGAGAAAUACACUCCUGGACUAGUCUGGAGAGUGUUGGUGACACUGGUACUGCCAGAGACCAAGGCAACUCAAUGUUUGGACUGAUACCAGUUGAUAUCCCACUGAGCACCAGAGCCCAGGAACUGGUCCACCAGGCAACUGCUGGAGUAGACAGCACCUC